AUGCCUACCUGUGCCAAGUUCAUGAAGGACAUCAUUUCUAAGAGGCAGACCAUUGACACAAACCCAAUUAUUCUAACCGAAACUUGUAGUGCUAUUUUGCAGGGUAUGAAAAUUCCAACGAAGAAGAAAGAUCUAGGAGUUGUCACCAUCCCAUGCACCAUUGGAGAUAGGUCAUUCAAAAAAGCUCUUAUUGAUUUAGGAGCUAGUGUGAGUCUCAUGCCUUUAUCCAUUUACAAGAAAUUGGGUAUAGGGGUUGUGCAAGAUACUAGGAUGACACUUCAAUUUGCUGACUAUUCGGUAAAGAAACCUUAUGGGAUAGUUGAUGAUGUUAUGGUGAAGAUUGACAAGUUUGUAUUCCCGGUGGAUUUUGUGAUUCUAGAAAUGCCUGAGGAUGAAAAGAUUCCUCUCAUUCUUGGGAGACCCUUUUUAGAGACCAGAAGAUGUUUGAUCAACAUAGAGGAAGGUACUAUGACUUUGAAGGUCUAUGAUGAGGAAUUAAAAAUUGAUGUUCGAAACACCAUGAAAUACAAAUAUGAUAUUGGCACUAGUCAUACAAUAUAG